UCGCUUUAAAUGAUGUAAUAAAAUAUAGCUACAUACAAUCAAUGCCAGUCAGCUGCAAUAUGAUCUAUAUGUAUGUUGAUGUAAGUAGUUAGUAAGAGUGUAGACGGUGCAGACACACUACGAGGAAAUGUGUAUUCUGUGUGAAUGAAUAUCACACGCACUUGAAGAGAUUAAUCAUUAUGAUGACACCGAUACGAUAUUGGGGAAAAUAUCUAGCUCCUGGACUACUUUUUAUCAUCUUCCUAUAUAUAUCAAUGGAUCCUCAGUAUGCAAACGUAAUCAACACAGAAAAUAAAACUGCCGCAUUUAAUAAACCAGUUCACAAACCUCCCGAGAAGGUACCAGUUGAACCUGUUAGUAUAGAUGACUGGAAUGUAAAACUUCCUUCAUUUAACGUGUCAAUCAAUAUUACUGAAACGGACUGGUGGAGGUCAGCUGCUUUCUUACAAUGGGACCUUCAACACAGAUCCAUAGAUUAUCGAUGUAAACGAUUCAAGUCAGUUGGAAAUUGGUGGAUUUGCUUGGAUCCAGGAUACAAAAUCAAGAAACCUUGUCUUGUAUAUUCUUUUGGUAUAGGUUUUGAUUUUAGUUUCGAUGAUGCAAUGGCUAGUCUUGGCUGUGAGGUGCAUUCUUUUGAUCCCAGUAUGAAAAUGAAGGAACAUGUGCGUAAUACGUCUGUGAAUUUCCAUCCAAUUGGUCUUAGUCAUAGUAAUACGAAACAGUUUUCCCCUCGACGGGAUAUGUAUGUCCGGCGAAAUACAACAUGGCCAGUAAUGAAUUUAAAAACUAUAAUGAAUUUACUAGGACAUAAAGGGAGAACAAUUGAUGUUUUAAAAAUCGACGUCGAAGGAUAUGAGUGGAAUAUCCUUGAAUACUUGCUGCAGGAAAACCUCUUCAAGAACAUUAGACAAUUCAUGUUGGAGUACCAUUUAUUUCCCUCAUGGCCAUCAAAAGAAGAUUAUCCAAAGCUGUUAAAAAUGUACAAAUCAUUACAUGACAUUGGAUUACAUAAAUUUGUGACAGCCAUGCACCCACUGAAUCUGAAACCAAAAUCAUUUAAUAUACAAGCUGAUGUUGCCUAUGUAAAUACUCUUUUUAAAUCAAAUUCUGGAAAGGUAUAGAAAAACUGUAAUAAAUAUUUGUUUUAAGUUGGA